AAAUCACAAGGCAAAAACACUAUGUUUUAGCGAUGGAGGAGAGGCUCUCUGCAUCCGUGGGUCUCCCUUCGCUUGAAUCAAAUCAGUUUCCCCAAGCACCAAUCAACACCGAUUUCGCUUCUCUUUUCACCCGUUUUACCACUCUCACUUCAUCCUCCCCAAAUCCUAAAAAAAAAAAACCCAAAAAUCUCCAGCACCACCACUCCUUUGCCUCUACUUCCAUUUCCGCUGAUUCUCAAUCGGAUCUAUGGAAACCCAAGUUUCAAAUUCCGCUCCCUUUUUCCAAUUUAACUGAUUCCCGAAAACCCAAAUCCCUAUCAUUCUACAAAUGCCUAAAACCCACAUCGAGAAACAACCCCAAAGUCCAAACCCUUAUGAAAAACUUAUCAGUCUUCGAAAGAGCUCUAAUCGGCGCAGGUGGUGGCGGAAUUGCUGGUGCAUUCACCUACGUCUGCCUUCUCCCACUGGAUACAAUCAAGACCAAAAUGCAGACCAAGGGUGCUUCCCAGAUUUAUGCCAACACCUUCGAUGCAGUUGUCAAAACUUUCCAGACGAGUGGUAUUCUAGGAUUUUACAGAGGAGUUUCGGCUGUUAUUGUAGGUUCAACGGCUUCUUCUGCUGUUUACUUUGGGACAUGUGAGUUUGGGAAGUCCUUUUUGUCCAAAUUGGAGUAUCCUUCUUUGCUUAUUCCUCCCACUGCUGGUGCCAUGGGAAAUAUUGUUUCAUCAGCUAUAAUGGUACCCAAGGAAUUGGUUACCCAAAGAAUGCAAGCUGGUGCUAAAGGGCGAUCAUGGGAAGUGUUGCUGAGAAUUUUAGAAAAGGAUGGUAUUUUGGGUCUUUAUGCUGGUUACUCGGCUACUCUGUUAAGGAAUUUGCCUGCUGGUGUGUUAAGUUAUUCCUCUUUCGAGUAUUUAAAAGCUGCGGUUUUGAGUAAGACAAAGCAGACUAAUUUAGAGCCAAUUCAGAGUGUUUGUUGCGGCGCUAUGGCUGGUGCAAUUUCAGCUUCUUUGACAACUCCUCUCGAUGUGGUUAAAACAAGGUUGAUGACUCAGGUUCAUGGCAAUAAAGUCACCGCCGCUAUGUAUAGUGGCGUUAAUGCGACGGUGAAGCAGAUUUUGAAGGAGGAAGGUUGGAUUGGUUUGACUAGUGGGAUGGGGCCUAGGGUUGUUCAUAGUGCUUGUUUUUCAGCUUUGGGAUAUUUUGCAUUUGAGACUGCUAGGCUUGCAAUAUUAGAUCAGUAUUUGAAGCACAAGGAGGAGUUGUCCAAAAUCGAUAUUGCACCAGCUUGAGUUACAGUUAGUUGAUGAUCAUGCUCAUCAUCAUCUCUACUUUGGUAAAUUUGUUUUGUUUUCAUAUAGAGUUGUUUAAACAAACUAAAUUUCGGCAUUACAGUAUCGUACAUUUCUUGGUUGAAGUUUCAGUUUCUUGUUUUCAACUUAUAAUUUAUGUCCAUGUUAGAUAAGUUUGAUUAGUGCUCCAAUGCAUUCUGAACCUUCUUCAUAGUAUCUCAUAAUCAGUAUGCUGAAUAUUACCUU